UUGCAGACCUUUUUUGUCUCAUUACACGAUCUGUUAACCAGAUUUAAUUUUCUCAUGAUCAUAAUUGGACAAUUUUUUUUUUAACAAUUAAUUUAUGGAGAGGAAUUUCCAUUAGGAAGCCCGUGUAUUAAGAGACGCUUCCCAAUAAUUUAUAUUUCUCCUUAUAAAUAUCGAUUUCAAGUAUGGGUUCAAAUCAAAGUUAUAGUUAUGCAUGAGAAUCCGAACUUACCCAACAUUAUAGUUUUAGUCAACCCCCUCCAGAGUAACAAAUGAAAGUAUGCAUCAACUUUUAAUCACGUCGUACGAACACAAUGCAUAGAGAAAAUGAGAAUGAAGACGGGGUGCAAUAUUAUGGAAAGUGAUUUAGAGGAGAGAGACCUCAAGAGAAGGAUGGUCCAAGUACCUCAAACGUUUAGUUUAUCUGAUAAUUCUAUUAUCGUUUACAUUCCAACAAAUUUGAGUUCUAGUAAAUUGUUAUCAGAGCUAUUCAGUUCUAUACAAAGUUAUGUGGAGAGUUGAUGAUGGAAAUGGACUGUGUCAAUCUUUUCAAGAUGAAAUAAAGCAGUGUUACAAAUAAUCAAAAGAAAAAAAGAAGAAAAUGUUGUUGACGAUGAAAGUGUGAGUUGGAGGUAUGGUGGCUUGGACGGUAAUGUUCAAUUGAGAAGUUCAAAGCAACAGAGACAUGAGCUCCACAGAAGGAUGGUAGUCAAUUGAAGGUUAGAUGGUUAGAGGUGAGAACUUGGGAAUAAAGGAUUGUGAAAAGGCCAACAUCCAUGUGGAAAUUAUCAGUGGGGGUCAUUUCCACAAACGAAGAUUGUUGUAGUCAGAAACGGUGGGUUGGUGGAUGCGUGACGUGUCGAUGCUUUUCUUGUGGAGGAGUGUUGGGCGGUGAAUGUUAUUAGAGUAUUAGAGGGGUACAGUACCGGGUACAUUAGUAAUAAGUCCAGUCGGAGAGUGGGAGAAAUAUUUUGAUGAGAGUCUAAGUAUUUCGAACAUUUUGUUUAUCUUGUAAUUAUGCUAUUAGUGUAGUGAAGGUGGGUUUGCAUACUGAUUAUUAAGUGAAAUAUGGUUAUUAGUAAGGGUGUGCAAAAAUCGGUCCAAACCGAUGAAUCGGACGAAUCGACUGGUUUGGUCCCUUUUCUUCCUUUGAAAUUAUGAUGUCUUUGGUUCACUGGAAGAGAGAACUAGCUGGUUCGGUUAGGAUCUCGGUUCUGGAGCUAAAAAAUGGGAUAAAACGAACAGAACAGAGGUGUAUACAUACACACACAUUACAUAUUCACCAUGGUUUAAAAAGCCCAAUUUGCCAGUAGCCCAUUCAUGAUCUAGUUUUUAAUUUAAAGAGCUCAAGUAAGCCCAACAACUUCUUUAGCCUCUCCUCAAACCAAAUUAAAGAUUCAAAACACUAAAAUCCUUUGCUCCCUCCAUUACACCACCCACGAUCUCCCGCAGUCCUCACUACCAAAUCCUUUUUCCACGUCUCCGUUAGUCCGCUGCCACCUCCACUCCACUCCACGAUCUUGAUUCUCCAUGCCACCGCCAUGACUCCAAGUCCACCGACAGCUCCACAUCACCUGUCGGCACCGACAACACUACAAAACCAAGCCCGGCUCCAUGGCUCCAAGUCCACCGGCAACUCUACAACUCGCUCCAUUGCUUCAAGUCCAGACCUCCAUGGUAGCAAGUAACACCAUUCGCCGCGGUGAAUUCAUCACACGGGUUUUGUUCACUGAGGAAGACAUGGAAGGAGAAGAUGGAUUUGGAUCUGCAGAUAGGUCAGGUGGGGAAAAAGUAGAGGAACUGGUUCACAUCAAGGCCUUGUUUUUCGCUAGAGCUCGAGAUCUUACGGGCAUGAAUGACGUUUUAUUGGAGGUUCCUUCAGGUAGUACUACCAAGGAUUGUCUGGACAAGAUUGUAGGCAAAUUUCCUAGGCUAGAAGAGAUCCUUGGAUGUGUGGUUCUGGCAUUGAAUGAGGAUUAUACAACUGAGACAACAAUUGUUAAAGAUAAAGAUGAGUUGGCAAUUAUCCCUCCCAUAAGUGGUGGCUAGGCUAACCUUUCUUCUGCUACCAUUUUUAUAAUGAUAUGUAUAUUUUCGUGUCUUUUUUGGCUCCUUUUCAAAUGUGCGACUUAAUAAGCCAAUGGGGCCAUUAAGCUUCUUUUCUAACUGUGUAGGAAAUUACUUGUAUAAUAUGUAUGUUUCUUUCCUUUUUUUUUU